CUAGAGUCAAGAUAGAUCGGGUCCGCACCGCAGUCGGUAGUUCUCUUUCCCAAACUAGUGUCUGCAACGUAAGUUCCAGAGGAGAACACAAAACACACGACAAUUCUAAAGCUUUGGGGAAAAGCAAAUCUUUUUAGUCUUCUACGGACAACUCAAAAUACAGUUCUUCAUACCAAAAAUAAUAAUAAAUUAAAAAAGAAACACUCGAGAGAGCUUUCUGGUUGUGCAAUGGCGGACAACAAAACCACUAUUCCACCUCAAUACGACGUCAACGCCAAAUGGGAUGCCUGUUUGGAUCUCACUGUUCGCCGUUUCGUCUACUCUUCCUUGGGUGGAGCCUUUGGCGGUCUUCUUCUCUUCAGGAGUCCUGUAACUCGUUGGGCAUCUGUAGCUUUUGGUGCUGGGAUUGGCAUAGGAUCUGCAUACAAUGAAUGUUCCCAAUUAUUUGGUGGAUCUCCUGCCAAGUUGGCUGCUUCCAAGUUUGCAGAGACUCCAGCUUCUCAGGAAGGACAAGACUAAUGGAGUACAUGCCAUUGAAGUUAAACUGAAUCUUGGGUAAACAUAAAAUUUUCAUAAUUUUGAUGUUGGCUCUUCUCCUACUAUGGCUUUGAAUAUGUACUUGAAAAAUUGUUUUGAUGGAUGAAUUGUUGACCUUAUUUAUCAUGGACUUGAUAGAGUUCAUUCACCUUUUUGCUCUGUAAGAUCACAGGAGCAGUAGGGGAAAAAAAAGGAAUAAUUGUUUGUCAUUUUCUGUCUGCUGUCAUUGCAGUUACUGACUCCUGGGAGAAAGAAAUGAUAUUUAAAAAAAAAUGGUCGUGACAAGUCACUUUGAGUUUUCCA